GACCUGGUCUGGCGUCCAACCUGGUGUGGUCAUUCGGGCCUGGCAGGGUCAUCAACGCGGGCAAGAGUCGGCACAAUGAGGACCAGGCUUGCUGUGAAGUGGUGUAUGUGGAGGGUCGGAGGAGUGUCCCAGGGACUCCCGGUGAAAUUAGCCAAGGCCAGGGACUCUGCUUCUACUACUGGGGCCUGUUUGAUGGGCAUGCAGGGGGCGGAGCUGCUGAAAUGGCCUCAAGACUCCUACAUCGCCAUAUCCGGGAGAAGUUAAAGGACCUGGUAGAGAUACUUCAGGACCCCUCGCCACCCCCCAUCAGCCUCUCAUCCAGCCCAGGGGCCCCAGGUUCCUCUAAUCCCUCUCACUUGGUGGGUCCUCCAUCCUGCUGGUCUUCGCAAAAAGAAGUGACCCAUGAAAGCCUGGUCAUCGGGGCCAUUGAGAACGCCUUCCAGCUCAUGGAUGAGCAGAUGGCCCGGGAGCGGCGUGGCCACCAGGUGGAGGGGGGCUGCUGUGCACUGGUGGUGGUCUACCUGCUAGGCAAGGUGUACGUGGCCAAUGCAGGUGACAGCAGGUAUGGGGGCCAUCAUUGUCCGGAAUGGUGAAAUCAUUCCCAUGUCCCGGGAGUUUACCCCAGAGACUGAGCGCCAGCGUCUUCAGCUGCUUGGCUUCCUGAAACCAGAGCUGCUAGGAGGUGAAUUCACCCACCUG